AUGAUAAGUGAUCGUAAAAAAGGAUUAGAAAAUGCAGUGGGAGCCAUCUUUAGUGGGUGUGAGGUGAGGUAUUGUGUUAGACAUCUUCAUGCUAACUUUAAAAAGGAAUAUCCUAGACUUUUACUUAAGCAAAUUUUGUGGGCAGCAGCUAAUACUACAACACAAGCUGAGUUUGCUCGAGCAAUGCAAGAAGUCAAGGAUGUCUCGGAUGCCAUACUUGAUGCUCGUGACAAGCCAAUUAUAACUUUACUAGAGAAAAUUAGAUUUUGGUUGAUGUCUCGGUUUUAUAACAAAAAAAUUGAGUUGGAGAAGAUGACUCAACCAGUGGGGAAGAGAAUUUUGAAGAUAAUUGAGAAGAAAAAAGAGGUUCAAUGCAGCAAUGGUAGUGCCUUUGUUGUCGAUUUGAAAUUCAGAACUUGUACAUGUAGGAGGUUUCAACUAUUUGGGCUUCCUUGUGGCCAUGCACUAGCUACUAUCUGGUUCAUGGGAGGACUCAACCCAAUUGAUCCACCACCUGAGAUGAAGCUGUCUGGAAGACCUAAGACAGCUAAGACAAGGGAGACAGAUGAACCUCCACCUGCUUUAAAGAAAGCUCGAAGAGCUGGACAAGUCAAAACAUGCAGCAAUUGUCUGAAAACAGGGCACAUGAGAGAAACAUGCAAAUAUGCUAAUGUGGUUGAGAAUCGUGUGGUCAAAAAGCGAGGUCGUCCACCACUACAAAAACCAACUGAAGCCACAUUUUUAAGGAAGGAAAGAAGGCUGAAACAACAUGCUAAAGGAGGAACUAGUGGUGCAAAUAAUGCUCUACCCGAUACUGGUCAUGCUGGCCAUGAUAUUGGUCAUGUACAAAUCAGAUACAUUUGA